AUGAUGAGCAGGAGAGCACAAAGAAACCCUACGUUAUACUUGGCCGCCCUAAUAGCAACAUCAGCUGUUGCAAUAUCUUACAAGGUAUAUGACUCGUACCUCAAAUCAUCCUCAUCACAGUCUACUCAAGACACUUUUAACCAGACAUCUUUAACUUCUACAACCAAGCCAUUCACCAUAUCAAAGAAGUACCUUAAUAAGACAAUUGCAAUCACGCUUUCCUCAUCCUUCCUAUCGUCUCAGUUGCCGCUCAACGAGAUCCUUACCACACAAGAAAAUAUGAUAUUUAUCAUUCCGCCAAACUUGAGUGAAGAUGACUUGAAUGUGAAGAUCCCACCAAAUUUCAAGCUACUCAAGUGCUCCAACGUGCAAGGAUACUUACAGAUAUUGAAGAAUCUAAAACCUGAUUGUUUAUUGUUGUGCAGUGAUGACUUGGGUAUCAAUUAUACGAAUCUAUCACUGGAUUUGCGCAACUUUAUCAGAACUAUCAUCAAUGUGGAGCAAGACCAGGACUUAUUGUUACAGGUAAAGCCAGUGUUUAAUUAA